AUGGCGGACGAGCAAAAGCCCACGGCGGAGAACAUGACGAUGCUCCAGGGCUUCGAGUGGUAUGUCCCGGCAGACCAGAAACAUUGGGUACGGCUCGAGAAGAAUGUCGCUGAGCUGAAGAAAUGGGGCGUCGACAACAUCUGGAUUCCACCAGCUUGCAAAGGCUCCUCCACAAGCGGCAAUGGCUACGACAUCUAUGAUUUGUAUGAUCUGGGUGAGUUCGACCAGAAGGGAGGCGUCGCUACCAAGUGGGGAACCAAGGACGAGCUUUUGAAGCUCGCAGCCACGGCCAAGCACCACAAUGUUGGCCUGUACUUUGACGCCGUCUUGAACCACAAGUUUGCUGGGGAUCGCAAGGAGAAAUGCCAAGCUGUCGAGGUCGACCAGGAAGAUCGCAACAAGGAAAUCAGCGACCCCUACGAGAUUGAGGCGUGGACUGGCUUUCAUUUUCCGGGACGCAAAGGCAAAUACAGCAAAAUGAAGUGGCAUUGGUACCAUUUCAGCGGUGUCGACUACAAUGCCGCUAAUGACCAGACUGGCAUCUUCAAGAUCCUCGGCGAUAAGAGCAAAGGCUGGGCAGAUGAUGGAGACGUCGACAGUGAAAAGGGCAACUACGAUUUCUUGAUGGGCUCAGAUAUCGACUAUGACCACCCACAAGUGGUGGAAGAUACGCUCAAUUGGGGCAAAUGGCUCGCCAAGGAGUUGCCUCUCAAAGGCAUUCGUUUUGAUGCCAUCAAGCACUAUAGCGAAGAGUUUCUACGCCACUUCAUCACCACGAUGGACAAGGAAUAUGGCGAGGGUUGGUUCUUCGUUGGUGAAUUCUGGAAGGAUUCACUCGACGACAUGACGCGAUACCUCGACCGCAUGCAGAAGAAGUUUUCUCUGUUCGAUGCGCCUCUCGUCUACAACUUUAGUGAAAUCAGCAAAGGGGACGGCGCCGACCUCAGACAGGUCUUUGACGGUACUCUCGUGUCCGUGAUGCCCGUCAAUGCUGUCACAUUGGUGAUGAACCAUGACACGCAACCGUAUCAAGCUUUGGAGGCACCAGUAGAGGACUGGUUCACGCCACUGGCAUAUGCCCUUAUCCUGCUGCGAGAAUCUGGAUACCCCUGUAUUUGGUACGGUGAUUUGUAUGGCGUUGACCCCAAGGGCGAACAUCCAUUCCCUCCGUCAUGCAGUGGAGCGCUGCCCAAACUUGCCCUGGCACGCAAGCUAUACGCAUAUGGAAAACAGGCGGAUUACUUUGACUUCCCGACUUGUCUUGGAUGGGUCCGGUACGGCACGUGGGACCGGCGGUUCGGCUGCGCCACUGUGAUCAGCAACGCUGGCCCCGGUGAGAAGCGCAUGCACGUUGGCGAGAUGCAUGCGGGUGAAGUUUGGACUGAUGUUCUCGGCUGGUCCGAUCGGGAAGUCACCAUUGACAACGAAGGUUUUGGUGUAUUUGUGUGCGGUGGCACGAGCGUCAGCAUCUUCGUAAAUCGGGAUGCUGAAGGCAGAGAAAAGUUCUCUGAGACAUUUAAUGACAAGAUUUACGACGAAUAG